AUGCCACCCCGGUCAUUAAUGUGGUGUAAAGGAAGUGAAAACAAAGCACACGAAAUACAAUAUGUUAAUGUAAAAAUCAUGGCAGAAAAACUAGUGGAACAUGAAAAACAAAUUAAAGAUGGAGAUUUGAAACUUGAUCCUGGGAUGGAUGCCAUGUCACUAGUCUUUGUCAAGGAUAAUGAUGGAUUCUUAAAAGGGGUUGGCACAUGUGUGACUACUAGUAGAUAUUUCAAUAUUCCUAUAACCAAAGGAUCUUCAAAAGAACAAAUUGUGGACCUAAAGUUUGAACUACAGAAUGAGAGACUAGAGCUUCAGAAAAAAGAUGAAGAACUUAAAGCGUUCUCGACAAAGGUGAAAGAACAAGAUAAAACACUAGAGAUAGUUUUAGCUCAUCUUGAAUCACAAGGAAAAAUGAUACCAAAUCUAACAUCUCAUCCGAAUCAGUCUCCAACACAAGUAUUUUCAGUGGACAAGAAUGUUCAAUCUCAUGCCUCUCCUAUUACUAAUACUAUCACAGAGAAAGCACAGAUCACAGAUAAAACAUUGACAAAUGAACCAGUUACACGAACAAUGAAGACGAUAAAGUGCAUUCUAGAAUAUCCAAAUAACAGAAGCAAUGUUGCUUAUGGUACGGUUUACAUCUCUUCAGAAAGACAAGUCAUUCAUGGAGUUCCACUUCAAGACGACUGCUAUAAAAUAUCAAUUGAUGAAGUGAUAAAGGGAGAUGCAUUUUUACCGUAUCAAAACGGUGAUAUCAAAACAGUUGAGGAGGCACAUCAAACUUUUGUUGCAUGGCCAAAAUACAUUAUCAAAUAUGAUGAAAAGAUACCACAUAUGAGAUCAACUCAAAAUGAUAAUGUAAAAGCUCCAAGAAGCAAAAAACACGUUUAUAACGAGAGAUAG